AUGUCGACUUCCGCCCGCCGCCGUCUGAUGCGCGACUUCAAGCGUAUGCAAACAGACCCCCCCUCCGGCGUUUCCGCGUCCCCUGUCGCCGACAAUGUCAUGACCUGGAAUGCCGUCAUCAUUGGCCCCGCAGACACUCCGUUCGAAGAUGGGACUUUCCGCCUCGUCAUGAACUUUGAGGAGCAGUAUCCCAACAAACCCCCCGGUGUCAAGUUCAUCAGCCAGAUGUUCCACCCCAAUGUGUACGGAACCGGCGAGUUGUGUCUCGACAUCUUGCAAAACCGUUGGAGCCCCACCUACGACGUGGCCGCCAUCUUGACCAGCAUACAGAGUCUUCUCAACGACCCCAACACUUCGUCACCCGCAAACGUUGAAGCGUCCAACCUCUACAAGGACAAUCGCCGUGAGUCCGCCGGCUCCAACUCCAACACCAUCAAGGUCGUUGCGAGGUUUCGGCCGCAGAACAAAAUCGAACUUGGAUCUGGAGGGGAGCCGAUCGUGGAGUUUGAAUCGGAGGACACAUGCAAAAUCAAUUCGCGGGAGAACUCCGGCUCCUUCACUUUUGACCGGGUGUUUGGCAUGAACUCGAAACAAGCAGACGUCUUCGACUUCUCUAUCCGGGGCACAGUGGACGAUAUUCUCAAUGGUUACAAUGGAACCGUUUUCGCCUACGGUCAGACUGGUGCUGGUAAAUCGUAUACGAUGAUGGGAACGGACAUUGAUGACGACAUGGGAAAAGGAAUUAUCCCCCGUAUCGUCGAACAGAUGUUUGCCUCGAUUCUGACGAGCCCGAGUAAUAUCGAAUACACCGUGCGAGUGAGCUAUAUGGAAAUUUAUAUGGAGCGCAUCCGCGAUUUGCUCGUCCCUCAACACGACAACCUACCCGUCCACGAAGAAAAGUCGCGCGGAGUCUAUGUCAAGGGUCUUUUAGAAAUCUACGUUUCCAGCGUGGAGGAAGUUUACGAGGUCAUGCGCCGUGGAGGAGCCGCGCGAGCCGUGUCAGCUACCAACAUGAACCAAGAAUCCUCUCGAUCGCACUCUAUCUUCGUCAUCACCGUUACCCAGAAGAACGUUGAGACCGGCUCUGCAAAGAGCGGUCAGCUCUUCUUGGUCGACUUGGCAGGUAGUGAAAAGGUUGGCAAGACCGGGGCAAGCGGGCAGACGCUUGAGGAGGCCAAGAAAAUCAACAAGAGUUUGAGUGCACUCGGAAUGGUUAUCAACGCUCUUACCGACGGAAAAUCGACACAUAUUCCUUACCGUGACUCGAAACUUACCCGUAUUCUACAAGAAUCCCUGGGUGGUAACUCUCGAACGACCCUGAUCAUCAAUUGUUCUCCCAGUAGUUACAACGAUGCCGAAACGGUUUCAACAUUACGAUUUGGUGUGCGGGCCAAAGCAAUCAAGAAUAAGGCGAAGAUCAAUGCCGAGUUGAGUCCUGCCGAGCUGAAGCAGCUACUAAGGAAAGCCCAGGGACAGGUUACAAACUUUGAGAGCUAUAUUUCAAAUCUAGAAGGAGAAUUGAAUAUGUGGCGAUCAGGAGAGUCAGUCCCCAAAGACCGUUGGGCGGCGCCAAUAUCCGAUACCACCGUUGCUCCUAAACCUCCUCGUCCGGCUACACCAUCACGUUUACAAACCGAAGUCAUCCGCGCAGAAACACCUAGCCGGCCGGAUUCAAGACUGGGAGACCGGUCCAGCACUCCAAGCAUAGUGCUUGAAAAAGAUGAACGAGAAGAAUUCUUGAGGAGGGAAAAUGAAUUUCAGGAUCAAAUUUCGGAAAGAGAGACUUAUAUCAGCAACAUCGAGCGCAGUCUCCACGAAGCAAAGGAAGAACUCAAGGGCAUGAAGGAAACGUCGUCACGAACUGGAAAGGACAAUGAGAAGCUUAAUUCCGAGAUAAACGAAUUACGGAUGCAGCUCGAAAAGGUGUCCUUUGAGAGCAAAGAAGCGGGCAUUACGAUGGAUAGCUUGAAGGAAGCUAACUCGGAACUCACCGCUGAACUAGAUGAAGUUAAGCAGCAGCUCCUUGAUGCUCGUAUUCGCGCCAAGGAGACAGGCGCUGCUCUCGACGAGAAGGAUAAGAAGAAAGCGGAACGCAUGGCGAAGAUGAUGGCCGGAUUUGAUUUGAAUGUCAACGUCUUUUCGGACAACGAACAGAGAUUGAAGCAUUUGAUCGAGCACGUGGACUCGCUUCACAAGGUCAGUGCCGCUGGAGAAGCAGUUGCACCUGAUGAUAUCCUCGAGCUACGGGCUAGUCUUUUGGAAACUCAAGGCUUUGUGCGACAAGCCGAACUCUCGAUGAGUGAUCGAAGCGAGAUUCACGAGCUGCAGGACAGCAAGCGAGCUGAACUUGAGAGGCGAAUCGUCGAGGUCGAGGGCCAAUACCAGCAGGUGCUAGAGCAGAACCUAGGCGAGGGAGAUGCAAAUGAGAUUCGCGAGAGACUAGAGAAACUGUAUAUCGACCGCCGGGAUGCUGAAUCCAAGACCGUGGCCGACAUAAAGGUGGAUCUGGUUCGCAAGGAAGAAGAACUCGUCCAACUCCGUCAAAAUAUCGCCGACUCGCAAGUCAAAGCGGCGACCAACGGCACAGCGUCCGCCGCGGCCACAAAUAAGACUCUGCAGCAGCAGAUUGCAGACUUUGACAACAUGAAGAAAUCGCUGAUGCGGGAUCUCCAGAACCGCUGCGAACGGGUUGUCGAGUUGGAAAUCUCGCUGGACGAAACCCGCGAGCAAUACAACAAUGUCCUGCGCACGUCGAAUAACCGUGCCCAGCAAAAGAAGAUGGCCUUUUUGGAACGCAACUUGGAGCAACUCACUCAUGUCCAGCGGCAAUUGGUGGAACAAAACAGCAGCCUAAAGAAAGAAGUUGCCAUUGCCGAGCGCAAACUCAUUGCUCGUAACGAGCGCAUCGCUAGCUUGGAAAGCUUGUUGCAAGACAGCCAGGAGAAGCUUACCGCAGCCAAUCAUCGAUUCGAGGCUCAAUUGACGGCAGUAAAGGAAAGGUUAGAGGCAGCCAAACAAGGAUCGACGCGCGGGCUGGUUACAUCCAUGGAGGGCCCAUCUGGCUUCAGCUUUGGGGGAUCACGCAUUGCCAAACCGCUUCGUGGUGGCGGUGGGGGCGGUACAGAGACCAAUGGCUCAUCAGUACAGCAGCAAGAACCAUCCACAAAAAGAGGGAGUUGGUUCUUACGAGGAUGA